AGAAUAAUGAAAGGCAGGAUAAAGGAGGAUACUUGACGCAAAUACUUCGGGAAUUACACGAAACGCCACGUACACGGACACCGCCACAUCAGAUAAGAUCCGUCGAUAAAGUGGAAAUGAGCUCGCGCAUUAAAACCCCCAUUGAUGUCGUCACUCAUUCAUCCGACCGCGGAUGUCGGUGGCACAACACCUAGACACUCUACCUAUUUCUCUUCAUCAUCUACUUGCUUUCCUCACUCUAUGAGCCCAUACCCGUAAAAGGUAUAUGCUUUAAAGGACCCUAUUCCAAGACCAAAAACACCCCUCGGAUCCGGGAUGAGGCAAUGCCACUCCGCUGCGCCGCAUCCCCCUUGGCCGUCUCCGUCUCCGUAGCCCGUCCGCGACGCCAGUAUCUCUUACACGGCAUCACCCCCUUCUUCCUCCUCUCGGCGGAAACGAGCCCGCCGAAGCAGUCGAUAUGCGGAUUCCACAGCUUCGGCCGCCUCCGCGAUGAACAGAUCGACCGCUCGAUGAACCACUACGAGACGCUGAAACUACAGCCGGGCGCCACGCCCACCGAGAUCAAGAAAUCCUUCUACGCCCUCUCCAAAACCCACCACCCCGACCACAACCCCUCCAACCCGCACGCCUCGCGGCGCUUCAUGCGCAUAAGCGAAGCCUACAGCAUCCUCUCGAUCCCCGCGAAGCGCGCGUCCUACGACCGGGACACGCUACAACUACACAAGCGCGCGCAGCACGCCCAACAGCAGACGCAAUACAAGCACCCCUCCUACAGCAGCACCAACAACCCAGCCGGCGGCCGCCCCGCCUCGGGCCUAAGCCGCCGCCGCUCCGCCUUCCAGGGCCCGCCGCCGAGCUUCUACCGCAGCGGCGGCUGGGGCGCGCACGGCGCGAAGCGGAGGGCCGCGCACGAGGGUAGCACCGCCAACUCUUCCUCUUCCUCUUCCACCUCUUCUACCUCUUCUACCUCUUCUAGUUCAUCCUCCCAACAAGCCUCCUCCUCCUCCUCGUCCGCCUCCCAGGACGGAACCGCGAGCGGACCCGCGUCGGGCGCGGGCGGCAUGGGUCCCGGCCAGACCCCCUUCGGCCGGGGCUACGAGUCGGACGUCCCGCACUUCGACCGCGAAUCGCACGAGCGCGCGGCGCGGUGGAGCGACCGCCGCCGCGCCCGCCGCCGCGCCUACGUCAACGAGCACGAGAUCAACCUGGACAAGCGGCCCCUCUCCGAGGAUCGGGGGGAAGGGGCCAUGUUCGUCGUCGUGGGGGGCAUACUGGUGAUGAGCAUCAUUAUACCGCUUGUGCUUGGUAGUAUAUGGAACGGUAGUGCCGGGGACAAGGAGAGGAAUAGGAGGGGGAAAUGGAGCGCGGCUGCAUAGUAGAAAUGGAGGGAGUGGCGGGGCUGUUUUACGGCGUUUUGGAAUAGAAAUAUUAUACUGGCGGACACGACGAUUGUCACAAUUGUAAGAGUUAAGGGAGAAGAAAAAGCAAUGAUUCAUAUGCAUUCAGAACCAUCCGAGCAUUAUUUCCAUUUUAGUCGGCAUGAAAACGUCCGAGGUCUAAUCUACAUUCAAGAGACACCCACCCGAAUGCGAAUCCUGCCUGUCUUGUGUGUGUAUAGGGUACAAAUGGUUCAUGAGAGGGUAUUGGGCAUCUGCGUCCCG